UCAAACGAACGAUAUUUGUUGGAAUACGCAGCCUAUUUCGUCAAGUUCUAGUGAUUUUAAGCCUUCUUUACCUCCAUAUCCAGAUUGUAAUGAAGAUUAUUUGAAUAGUAUCAAUACUGAAAAUUAUUUGCCAGUGAGCCAGUGUUCAUAUCCAAUGGAAAACCAAGUGACUGCCCAAAUUAAGAUACAACAUAGUCCUGAUUGGCACAUAGAACGACAAAACGAUGAAACGUCAGCGGAUAGAAAUCAUUUAGCUCCAUGUCAGAUGCAGUAUGAAAUCCAACCAUCUUAUAAUUGUAUGCAGCAACAAGAUAGCGAUGACCAGUUGCGUGAACAAGUUGAUGUUCCACCACCAGUUCCAAAGCUUAACACUAACAGUACCGGAACCAAGAGAGCUCGAACUGCUUAUACAUCUUCGCAGCUGAUCGAACUUGAAAAAGAAUUUCAUUACAAUAAAUACCUGUGUCGUCCAAGAAGGAUUCAGUUAGCUCAGUCGCUUUCCCUCUCUGACCGACAAAUCAAAAUAUGGUUCCAGAACCGAAGAAUGAAAUCUAAAAAGGAACAGAAGAACAAAUCUUCACCAACGGCUUCAAACGAAAGUCACUCCCCUCCGACUACUUCAUUCGGAAGUUGCAGUCCAAACAGUUGCUCACCGAAAAUGCAGAAUAUCAAAUUAGAACAGUCAGUAAUUGACCGUUUACAGAACCAUGCGGUUGCAGUUCAGAACCAGUAUAUACCAUCACUGCAAUCGUAUCAAUCAUAUCCCCAUUACAACCAGCAGUGGGAAAACAACACUUUGUAUUCUGGUCAGUAUUAUCAACCCCAAAUCAACAUGCAUUGUGCAGAUAUGCAGUAUCCAAGUGCAUAUUCCGAGCAUUCACCGCUAAAAAAUACUCAUCAUUAUGUUCUAAAUUCGUAUAGCUAGUUGGUAUCAGAGAAUAACAAAUCAUCACUCUACCAACCUUAUUUAAGUGCUGUAAAAGAGAAUCUGCAGGAAAUUUAUUGGAGGAGAAUCUGCUUAGCAAUAGUUCUAGUUCUGCUUUUAAUCCUUCUGUUAACGUGACAUGGUACGGUGACCAAUAGUUAGGAAAUAUUACGCCCCCAGAAAGUAUAACGCCAUUAUAAUGUACUGAUACGUAAUUAGAAUAAGUAGUAUAUAAUAACAUACGGACAGUAACUUAUAGCUGUAAUUAAAAAUUCCUUUUGAAACUGUAAAAUAAUAUUUUAUU